UUUCAUCAUAUUUACAACCUGCUGUUCACCAAUCAUCAGCCUCCGUCUAUGCAAAGUGGGUGGUUAAAUAUUAGCAGCAGUUCACUGAUCCUGUUUCCAUGAGAAAGGCUUGUUCAACUGCUGCAGCAGAAGGAACCUGACUGAUCACCCUCGUUGUACAAAACUCUUCAAGCAGGAGGACAACUACAGCCAUGAGGCUUUCCUGUCUGCUGCAGCUGAUCUGCUUGGCUGCUUGUAGUGCAUCUACAUCAAGAGAUUGGGCUCAUCAUGGCGCUCCCAUGUUUGCCGACCUCACAGUACGUGAGAUGAAAGCUGUUCGGGCCUACCUGCAUGGUAUUCAAGAGCUGGAGCUUACUGAUGCUCGUAGCAAGACUCUGAUGAAAAACAGCAUCCUCCUGAUAGAACUCCAUCUGCCAAGAAAGCAUGAAGCCCUGAGAGCCCUGGACCGUGGACAGGCCAAACCCCCUCGUCAAGCGCGUGUGAUCGUCCAGUUCGGGAACCAAACCAACCCCAACAUCACUGAGUACAUUGUCAGUCCUCUGCCGACCCCAAAGACCCACGAAGUCAAGACUUUCAAGUUGGAUAGGCCUGUCCGCUUUGAGUCAAGGCCUAUUUCUGCAGUAGAGUAUGGGUACAUCGAGGUCUUACUCGAGAAGAUGGCGACUAAAGCUCACAAGCUCCUGUUUGAGACCACGGGGGGGUUUUCCUACACUAACUGUACUGACCGCUGCCUGACGUUCUCAGACAUAGCUCCCCGUGGGCUGGAGUCAGGUGAGAGGAGAAGCUGGAUCAUGUUGCAGAAGUUUGUGGAGGGGUAUUUCAUCCACCCAAUUGGGUUUGAAGUUCUGAUCAACCACCAGGAUCUGGAUCCAGAAAAGUGGACUGUCGAGAAGGUCUGGUACAACAGCAUGUACUUUGACAGUAUCGAGGAACUGAUAGAAAAAUAUGAAUCAGGAGAUGCGGAGAAACUCAGACUUCCCAUUCAUGACGACAAGGACCUCUACUCCACCUACAUCCCCCGGGGCCACAGCAACACUCGCACUAACAUCCAUGGUCCGAAGCUCGUGGAGCCUCAGGGACCUCGCUAUGAAAUUGACCGGAACUUUGUUGAAUACGCCGGAUGGUCUUUCGCCUACCGAGUCCGCUCUUCCGCUGGGCUUCAAGUCUUUGAUGUUCGUUUUAAUGGAGAAAGGAUUGCCUACGAGGUCAGCCUCCAAGAAGCAAUUGCCUUUUAUUCUGGUGAUACGCCCGCUGCAAUGCAAACAAAGUACAUCGAUGCUGGUUGGGCAAUGGGCACCUUAACCUACGAGCUGGCGCCCGGAAUCGACUGUCCAGAAAUUGCCACCUUUGUGGACCUUUACCACUACUAUGACACCGACAAACCUGUGCGCCACAGAAAUGCACUCUGUAUUUUUGAGAUGACCACUGCGAUGCCUUUGAGAAGGCAUUUUAACUCUGACUUCAAGGGCGGAUACAACUUCUACGGAGGGCUGGAUAACACGGUGCUGGUGUUGCGGACCACCUCAACGGUUUACAACUAUGAUUACAUCUGGGACUUCCUCUUCUACCAGAAUGGGGUGAUGGAGGUAAAGGUCAGCGCCACAGGAUACAUCCAUGCCACUUUCUUUACACCUAACGGACUUCAUUAUGGUACCAAGGUGUACAACUAUGUGCUGGGUAACCUGCACACACACCUCAUCCAUUAUAAAGUGGACCUGGAUCUUGCUGGGCGAGAGAACAGCUUUGAGACGAUGGAUCUGAAAUAUGUCAACUUCACCAAUCCCUGGAGUCCAGAGCACUUCAUCGUCCAGUCCAAACUCCACAGAACAGAGUACAAGACCGAGCGAUCGGCUGCUUUCCGCUUUGGCAAAAAGUUCCCCCGUUAUGUGCACUUUUACAAUCCCAACGAGAAAAAUAAAUGGGGACACCAGAAGGGAUAUCGGAUUCAGUUGAACUCACAUGGCAACAGUGUCCUUCCAAGAGGCUGGAGAGAGGAAAAUGGCAUUAGUUGGGCAAGGUAUCCUCUGGCUGUGACUCGCCAUAAAGACAGUGAAGCCACCAGCAGCAGCAUAUACACCCAGUGUGACCCAUGGGAACCUGUUGUGUCCUUUGAGGACUACAUCCGCAACAAUGAAGACAUAGUCAACCAGGACCUGGUAGCCUGGGUGACAGUGGGCUUCCUGCAUGUGCCUCACUCAGAAGACAUCCCCAACACGGCAACACCCGGCAACGCAGUGGGCUUCUUCCUCCGGCCCUUCAACUUCUUCAAUGAAGACCCUUCGUUGUCUUCCAGAAGCACCAUCAUUGUCCGGCCGGGACCGGACGGCAAGCCCAAGGUCCAGAGAUGGACCCCCGAGGUCGUAGGUCACUGUGUCACAGAUAAGCCAUUCUUUUACAAUGGCACUCUUACAGGUGUCUAAAGCUGUUUUCUUGUGUUUCCCAAAAAACAUUUUGGCUCUAAUACAAUUUUUGCGAGGAUCUCAGAUUAUAUAACAAUCAAUUUAUAAUAUAUAAGGUCAGAUUUACUCUUAAGAAUGUCUUACAAUUUGACAGCCUUAUGCGAUUUUGUGCAACGUUGUGAAAGAAACUAAAUCCAUGUAUUCAGAAAAGAAUAAAGAAUUGGAUCAUU